GUAUCAUAUCGGUUCAAAUUCAUUAUUGACUUUUCUACAAAUGGUUAUUUUAUUUUACUUCAUUAAGAACUGUAACUCAUAAAAAUAAAAGAGCAUAUAGCAAAUUCAGCAAUGUCAUUGUAUCUCCGUAUCGCUAACAGGGAGGAAUCCAAAUCAGUCUAGAGCAUCAGGAUGAACAACAGCAAUGUGACCAUCCCGACUAUUACAGAUGAGGAAUGGUAUAGAGAAGUGCUGGAAUUCAUUACACCGGAACCCCAACACUGGAUUUUGAUUGGACUCUUUGUGGUUAUUUUCCUGUUAGGGAUAGGUGGUAAUCUGUUGGUUUGCCUAGCAGUGUGGAAAAACCGGAAUCUUAGGACCCUGACCAAUGUCCACCUCGUCAAUCUGGCCGUGGCCGACUUUCUGGUAGUUGCUAUUUGCCUUCCCCCGACUCUCCUACAUGACGCCAUGGAAUCUUGGUUUUUGGGGACAGUAGGAUGUAAGGUUGUUACCUAUUUUCAGAAAGUAUCGGUGUUGGUGUCUGUUUUAACCCUUACCAUCAUUGGCGUGGAGAGGUAUCUUGGGAUUUGCCGUCCAAUGUCAGAUUUCCUUCCUCGGAUCAAGGCGAGAGUUGCUCUUCUGAUAAUAUGGAUUGUUGCUCUAGUAACUGCUGUCCCGGAUUUAUACUACAUGACGGUCAUACCUGACGAUGUUAUUCCAAAAACUGUCAACUUACUGAAGAGCUGUCGCCCGAUGGAUGGCAAGGCGGAAGUGAUGCAGCAAUUAAUGAUCUUUGUCGUAUUCUUCAUCGUUCCUUUUGCAGUCAUGGGUUUUGCUUACACCAACAUAAUUAUCUGCCUUUGGCAUAGUACACAAAACUUAUCUAACAUUAAUGCGGAGCAUGGAUCCAGUGUCGUCAUUCAGAACCGUAAGACCACAGCUAAAAUGUUGAUUGUGGUGGUGGUGGCAUUCUUUGGUUGCAACCUUCCCGUUUAUAUCUUGAACAUUUUAAGGUAUUUUAAAGUUCUGAACUCCAUGGAACAUGCAGAAAUUAAGUCCUUUUCUUUGACCUCUCAUCUACUGUUAUAUCUCAGCUCAGCAAUCAAUCCAAUCAUUUAUACCGUAAUGAGCGGAAAAUUUCGAUCGACAUUCCGCAAAAUGAUCUGCAUCGAUGGCACCAUCUGCAAAUGUUUUACAAAGGACAAUAUUAGAUCAAAUUCACAGACAACCGAGAGUACCACCACAAAAAGUCCCCCAGAAGAACUAUGUCUGAUGACCAAUGACACAACCAAGUUUCCGCAGGACGUGUGAAAAGGAGUACAUUACAAUGUAUCUCAUUAGAGUGGGAUAGCUGGACUUAGAGUUCAAAGUAACGACCCAGUAAAACAUUUCCAAGGAAAACUAUAACUUAAUGGAAAAAUUUCUGCAAAUUAUAGA